AUGAAGAAGCUGGGGAAUCCGCCGCACAUGCCAGUGAUGUCACUGGAAGACUCUGUUCUUUUCACGCCACCGGUUCAGUGUAAAGAAGAGGAACGAGACUCUGUCACGUGGACAGUCUGGAAGAAAAUAACUACCGAGAUUCGCAUAGACACGAUUACGAUGGGAACGACUUCUGUCACGGCUCAUCAUCCACCAUCAUACGGUACGUUAGAUUGCCUGACCUUCAGAGAAAAACCGGUGUUGUGA